CGGCUUAUCUGGUAUAUCCAUGGAAACAUUUGGCGGUUCUCCACCGUACGGGAAGGAAAGAGAAAAGUGGGAGAGAAGAUGGGUUUAUAAAAGCGCGACACUCGGUGCACCGUUAUCAUUCUUUAGGAAGAACGAAUCACGAGAGGAACAUAUACAGUGGUAUAACAUACGUUCGUGAGAUUAAUCCUCCCCUCCAUUUUCAACUCCCAUCAUUGUGCGCGAGUGUGAUAGAAGAGCAAAGGAUUGCACAACGUUGCGUUUACUGUAAUCCAAACUAUAAGUGGACAUUGAAAUACUUGGACGAGCAGAGGAAAGAAAGGGAAAAGUGGGCUGUGUCCGUGACAAAUCGACGUUGAAAAUAAAGCACAUUCGAAGCUCCCAGUGAAGGAUACAAUCGGCUAUGAUCGACGUGGAAACGCUUACCGAUAUGAGCUGCUAUCAAGGAUUACAAUCUUUUCCUAUGAGCACGAUGGCGGAAAGCGCAAAGCCAACGUGGAACAUGAAUUCUCGAGAUAGUAAGUGUUCUCGCAAAAACAAUAUAACUUGUGGUAUAUUGCCGACUCUUCGUGCCCUGGCAUCUCGAGAAUGCAACGACCAAGGCAGCGUCUGUUUGGUACCACUCGACGUUGAAAUGGAUGCUGCUAUUCAUCUUCAAAUGAUCUUGCUCGAGGCUUACUGUCGUGAAAUUGGAAUAAGAGUAUCGAGAGUACCGUUAAAUACGCUGCAAGAUUUACUUGGUCCAGGACAUUCGGAUCUCUCCUGCGUUCUUAUCGACGAUCCUUAUUUUACGGAUCCACCUGAAUGAGCAAAAAGAAGAAGA